CUGGUUCCCGCAGACAACACGCGCGCAGCCAUGGCCCCGAAAUCGCUGGCCGAACAGUUCGCUGAUCUGGAGGAUUUGACUCCGAGGGAUUACGACCCCGAGGAUCUCGAUCGCGGAAACGCUGAUAGCGAGGACGAGCAGGGCGCACAGGCGCAGGGGGAUGAGGAUGCCGGGAGGGAACAUUAUCAGGCUGUUGGAAAAGGAAAACUCCGCAAGUCGGACCCCGUCACACUCGGAAAGCAGUACGCCGGGUCGAAAGUGAGUCGCGAGGCGCUGGAGGCGGACAGCGACGACGAUCCGUUUGCUGUGCGGUCGGGCGAUGAGGAUGAGGAUGAUGAUGAUGAGGAGGAUGAGGAUGAUGAUGAGGAUGAAGAGGAGGAGGAUGACGAGGAGGAUCUGGAACUAGGAAGCGACGAGUCCGGCAGCGAGAAUGACGAAGAGGAGGACGAACCGAAACCCACCAAGAAAUCCAAGGCCAAGAAGCAAGUCGAGGUCGACGGGAUGGACACCGACGAGUCUGAGGAAGAGGACGAGGACGAGGACGAGGACGAGCUGGACAGCGACAUUCCCUCCGACGAAGACGACGACGAGGACCUCGAUGACGACGAAGAGGACGAGGAAGACUCCGACGAGGAAGACUCGGAGAAACCCACCGGCAACACCACGCGCGACGAACUCCGGCGUCUAAUGUCCAACGACCAAAAAACCAUCGCCGCGACAAUCUCAUCCGCGGCCAAAGCGGACGCGACGAAAGGAAAAGCCGUGAAACAGCAGCGCGCGACCUUCGACGCCCUCCUCAACACGCGAAUCAAGCUCCAAAAGGGCCUGACGGCCAUCAACCAGCUCUCGCUGCACUCCGCCGACGCAGAAACCCUCUCCGGCGAGUCUGAAUCCGUCGCGAUCAAGUCGGCCGAAUCCGCCGCCCUGGCGCUGUGGACGACCCUGGAGGAUCUGCGGGUUGCGCUGGCGGAUGCGCACGGAGGGAAGAAGCGGAAGCGGUCUUCUAGCGCAUCAGGUACAUCGUCCGCGUCACUAUGGAAGCGGAUGACCGAGCUAGAGAGCGACGCGGUGACGCACCGACGGACAGUCCUGGACAAGUGGUCCGCGAAGGUGCGCGGGUCGAACGCCACGACGGCGAACGCGCGCGGGAAGUUGAUGGGAGGAGGAUCCGCGCCGCAGGGGAUCUCGAGUGUGCUGGGGGCGCAAGUCGCGACCGAGACUGCCGCAGUGAAGCGCGCACGCACCGAGCACUCUUCCUCCUCUCCCGCUUCCUCGGCGCCCGUCUACGACGACACGGCCUUCUACCAGUCCCUGCUCCGCGAGCUCGUCGAGCAGCGCAUGGCCUCCUCGGACGCCAUCACCAACGGCCUGGACACCCUGCACCUGCAGCUUCCGUCCGCGGCGUCGGGCCGUCUGCACCCCGUGACCGGGAUGCGGAACGACAAGAACCGUCGGGAGGCGGUGGAUACGCGCGCCUCCAAGGGCCGCAAGAUGCGGUUCGAUGUCCAUGAGAAGCUCCAGAAUUUCAUGGCGCCCGAGGAUCGCGGCAAGUGGACGGGGAGUGCGCGCGAGGAGUUCUUUGCGUCGUUGUUGGGUCGGUCGGCGAGUGGGUUGUUGCGCGAGGGCGAUGAUGAGGAUGAGGAUGGAGAGGGCAGUGAUGAGGAUAGAGAGGAGGGAGGGUUGAAGCUUUUCCGGGGUUGAAGUUGAGAGAUUUGGGUGAGACUAGG